AUGCGGCGGAACCGGGAGAGAAACCGCGGUGAGUUUUUUUAACUAUUUUCCUCAUUUUUCUUGGCCUAAAAAAGACUAAUUACGCGGUUUAUGCCCCCCUGGGCCUUCGUUUUCAAAGGCAGGGGUGGAGAUGGGGGUUGCGCAUUUAUGUUUUAUCUUCCACGCCACUUGAGGGCCUCCCGAAUCAUACGCAUACCUUCACUACGUAAUGCAUUUAUAGUAACAACACACUUUUAUGGGCUCGUUUACCGCCGCUUUACUGGCUAAAUUACUAAAGUCCUCGUCAAUCUGUGGCUUAUUUCAAGGCUGGCAUGACGUUCUUCUCUCGUAAUCCAUCUUAAUUUCAGCAACAACGGUGUUUUGGUCCGCUUGUGAUUGGCUGUGCUGCGCGUCCAACAAUGGCCAACAACAACGCGCAGCCGACUCCGCCGACAACUUGGCCCGCAACCGAAGCCGGUCAUCGUGCCAUUCCGUGUACGAAGUGGUCAACGACACAAGUAAGCCCACCACCGCCUUCAAUUUAUUUAAAGAUGCCAACACCACCAUCGUCGACCCUGUAGUCCACACCACGGUAGAAAGUCGCUCGCCUACGCUCAGCUCCAAGAACAGUCGCAAGAUCUCGCCAGUGAUGCAGCCCCGGUUGGGGGUGGAUCACGCCGUGCUAAGGCAGAAGUUCGAUGCUAUGGCCAACAAUCGCAAACUCACAGUCCUGAGCACCACCCAGUCCGAGGACUUGGAGUUGUGUCGCACAUAUUUUGUGAAUCGCAACGGAAUCUCAGCGACGUCGCCGUCUUCACUGAAGUGCUCGAGUGCUGGUAGCUACGAGCUGAGGAAGACGUCGCAACCUUGUGAUACUCGCAACAGUCGGCUUGUUCAGCACAAGUUCUCGUUGGUAGAACAACGGUCGAAGCCGCCGGUAGCACUAUCUCCACGCGAUACACAGUCACUACCUUCAUCACGGUCCUUUUCUUCUCCCACUUAUGGUCUCCAGAGUUACGUUAAGACUGAAAACAGCUGCCCCAUGGAGCAGCUGGAGGAAGAAACAGUCGAGCCUGACACGGUCGAUGUACUUCGUAAGUUCACUCGUUUGAUUUAA